AUGAAACCUGCAGGUAUUUUGGUUGAGAUUCUCAAUGAAGAUGGGACGAUGGCACGACUACCUGAGCUGAAAAAAGUUGCGGAUAAAUUCGAUUUAAAAUUGAUUUCUAUAGAGGAUUUGGUGGCAUACCGAAUGCAGCACGACUCGCUGAUUCAAAAAGUGGUAGAUAAAAAUUGGGAUACAAAAUAUGGGGCGUUUCGAUUAAGAGCUUACCGCCAAACCACCAGCGAUCAAAUACACAUUGCUCUUACAAAAGGGCAGUGGGAAAAAGAUUUUCCCGUACCUACGGCGGUGAUUUCCAAUGAUUUUGGCAAUGAUAUAUUGUCUUUUUUAUCUACCGAAAAAAAGCAUAAAAUAGAUAAGAUUUUUAGUAUUCUCGAGCAAAAUGAUUUUGGGGCGGUGGUUUUGAUCAACCAAGAAAAUCAUUUAUUCAACUUGCUUCAAAAAUUAAAAGAAGUUCCUGAAAAUGAACAACAAACCACCACAAUGGACGAACGAGAUUUUGGUAUCGGUGCACAAAUUUUACACGAUUUAGACAUUGCCAAAUUGCAACUCAUUACCAAUUCCAAACAAGUGAAACGCGUGGGAAUGAUCGGUUACGGAUUAGAAAUCACAGGUCAAAUUAAUUACUAA